AUGCCCACAGCACAUAAACUGUCGGUGGUGACCCCCUUGUCUCUGGUUCGGCAUUUCAGUAUACACGACAACACGAUAGAACACAACAUCACACUAUCUACGGUCACAGAGCUUCUGCAUAGCCCCUAUACGGAGAACAGGAAACUGACACAUGGAGAAGCAGGGCACCUGACAGGCACCAUUAAUAAAUGGCGUAGAGUCACUGGGAACCACCACACACGACCAGAGAAUGAGAACUACCGAACCAUAAACAUGCCCCGUAAAUACCCGGGACCCAGGGGACAAUCCUCGCGGACACAUCAGACUGACUCUCAGGAGUGGGGCAAUGGGGACGCCGGCGUGAGGGGUCAGGGCACGCGAG